AUGAAUUUUUCUGAUCAACGUCCAGAUAGUGUGUUGGCAAGAGGAGUUCAAAUUACAGAAUUUGAUGAUGACCAAAUAAAUCCUGAACCAGUUCCCUUAGAUGAAAGCGAUUUACUUUUGCGCCAGUACCUGUCACCAAGGAAAUUGUGCCUCCUUGGAGGAGUGGAUGAUCUUGAAGACAUCAGCAGUUUAGAAGUAAAAGUUGACACUUCAGAAAUGAGUUUGGGUAAUUUUGGUUCUUUGGUUCCCAAUUUGACAGAACUAAAAUUAUCUAACAGCUCUAUCCAUUCAAUAAGAGAUCUUGGAUCCUGUUUACAUAACUUGAGGAUUUUGUGGAUGUCUCAGUGCAGCCUGCAGGAUCUUGAUGGCAUCGGAUCUUUAUCAAAUCUUCAUGAACUCUAUUUGUCUUUCAAUGAAAUAUCCGAGAUCAGUUCGGUCAGCAUGCUGGAAAACUUGCAGAUCCUGGAUUUGGAAGGCAACAACAUUGAUUGCUUUUCACAAGUCCCAUAUUUGGCCUUCUGUACGAAACUAACCACUUUGACUCUGGAAGGAAAUCCAGUUUGUGUAAAACCAUCACCAGAAUCUGAAAUUGAAGAAUACAAUUACCGCAUGUCUGUUCGUGAUGCAAUACCUCAGCUACAGUACCUUGAUGAUGAGCCAUUAUCAGAUGUGGACUGCAAGAAAAAUGUGAAUGUGUUUAAUGAUGAUUGGGCCUACAUGGAAAAGUUGCAGCAGGAUGUUGUGAUACAAGAAAUUAUGAUGACCAACAAUGAAGGGGAAAGUGCCAGUCCGUCAUUUGUCAGUGCAUUCCGUCCAGCUACGAGUUUUAACCCAAGUUCUGCUUUGCGGCCAUCUUCAGCAAUCCGUCCACUCUCUUGUAGAACACGCCCGCAAACAUCUGCCUCAAACAACAAAACUUUUCGACCAUUUUCCGCUUUGGCUGGUGUUGAAACUGAUGACUUCUGCCAUUCUCCUGACCCCAUCAGUGAACUUACUGAUGGUUCUGUGGUUUGUGGAAACCCUUCUCGAGCUCUCCUCUCUCGCAGUAAGCUCAAAACAGCUCCUCCAGAAAGCAAAAAACGGCUUUUCCCUCAGUAUAAAUUCAAAGCCGAGCACACAUACGACACAUUGCCAAAUGAUAAUCAAGAUCUGAAUGACGUUUUAGAACAAUUACAAGAAUGGAAGAUACAACAUGAAAAGCGUCGGAAACAGAUUGAAGCAUCAUGGGCACCCCAGGUGUUGAAAAUUGAGCCAGGAGAGUACUUAGAAGAAUCUGAGAAAGAAAAAGAUGAUGAUGACUACAAUGAUGCUGCUUUCAUAAGUGAAACAAUUGCACCUUCAUUGCAUGCAAAGCCUUGGAGCUUUGAAAAUGAGCCUUUGAAGCAAGAGUUACUUGUUUGUAAGAGCAAGGAACAUCCCCAUAGCUAUGACUACAAUGAACCUAUGUAUUCUGUCUCACCACCAAAGAUAGAUGUUCAUGGGUUGAAUCUCAAGCCAUGCAGUUUUGCCAAGCCUUCCCCACCAUCCAAACCACCACUCUCACCACCUCUUGCAUGCCGUUCAAAAAGGCUCAAGUCUCAAGCAGUUAAAUCUGAUCAAAAUGUCCUUCAUUUGGCUAUGACUGCAAAACCACCAGUCAUCAAAGAGCAGAUAUCAUCAUAUGGCAGGAAGCCUUUGCCAAACUCUAAAGCAUUUCCUCAUUCUUAUUCAGCCAGGGCAUCAAUAACCCAUGCCCCACCUUUAUUGCCCUCAUUACUAAACUUGAAAAGCAAAUCAAGUUGCCAAAAAUCAACUUAA